UCGCAGUCGCAGUCGCAGUCUCAGUCUCAGUCUGACUCGCAAUCACAGGUAGAUGCAGUCCUUGUGGCUUCCACACCGCCAGUGCCCUCUGUGCACGGCUCACCGCUGGUAGACAGCUACACGUAUCAGUCACCAGUGCCAUCGCAAGCAAGAGGCGUGCCGUGUAUUUUGGGUGUAGAUGAAGCAGGAAGAGGACCAGUACUUGGCCCGCUCGUGUACGGUGUGGCAUACUGCCCAGCCUCAUUCUCAGAUGAGCUCAAAGGCGUCGGCUUUGCAGACUCGAAGGCGCUCACUGCCGAGAGGAGGGAUGCGCUACUUGCAGCGCUGAUCAACCACCCCGACCAAUUAGGUUGGGCGACGCAGACCAUGUCGCCUCAGGACAUCUCAGCAGGAAUGCUCCGCAAGCGCCCCUUCAACCUCAAUCAGCAGUCCACAGAAGCCACUGUACAUCUCAUCCACUCAAUUCUCUCCUCGGGUGUUGACAUCUCCGAGAUCUUCGUAGACACUGUCGGCGAUCCAGCAACGUAUUGCAAAACGCUGAAGUCCUUUUUCCCUCAGGCGAAGUACAAGCACAUCGAGUGGACUGUGACGAGCAAGGCAGAUGCCAUCUACCCAAUUGUUGGAGCGGCUAGUAUCGCGGCAAAGGUGACGAGGGACAGAUGGGUGGAAGACUGGAGAUAUGCCGAGAGUGUCGGUGAUCAGUCCACGGCUGGAGAAACGCAGGCCGGGCCAUCUACUUCAGCGCUCGAGGAGACGGCUCCUGCUUCCCCGACCAAGGGCUCCAAGAAGCGUAAGAAGCCCGACGCGCCCAUCAUCACAAGCGAUACGCCCCACGCCUUCUGGCACGAAUUCGGCUCUGGCUACCCGGGGGACCCCGGCACCGUUGCUUACCUGCAGCGGACAAUCGAUCCAGUCUUUGGCUGGCCAGGCGUGGUGAGGUUCAGUUGGGCCACGAUCAAGACGCUGUUAGAGGAGAAGAGAACGGUGAAGGGCGCAGCCAGUAGUGCUGGCGCAACGAGGGCAUCUAAAGCUGUCAACGGUGGCGCGGGACCAGCAACAAUUGGGGAUGCUGCAAACACAGUCGCCCCCUUUCUGACAUCGACGGGCUCCCUGCCUCCCCCCGUCGGGCAGCCUAGGGGUUACAAGAUCAAGUGGAUCGAUGAGCCUGCUCAGAUCACGAGCUUCUUCGCUGCAAAAGGAGGGACACCCUCAAAUGGUUCUUCAGCCGGCUCUGGAGAUCCGGUUGCACUC